ACUCCUGGCCUUAUUUAAAAAUUAUCCGUCACACGGCAGACCAUGUAUUAUUUAUAGCAAUGAUGGCAGUCUCUUCACCAUCGCCUUGUUCUAAUAAUAAUCCACAUCAGUGCUGGGUUUAAAACUACACCUCCCGGUGGGAUCUGCUUUCUAAAUGUCAGAGGUGGUUAAGUGUACAUGUAGCCGGAAUCCAGUCACCGCUGUACGACGCGUAAUUACGCGGUUACACGACGCCUGCGUUUUGCUUUCUGAGGUGGGUUUCUGUCUUUCAGGUGCAGUUUAGAAAUCUGCUUUAGAAGUCAGACUGCUAACUCAGAUCAGUCGAGUAGGUGAACGUGCACGAAUGCGUGUAGUCGUGAACUGGGUGUAAUGUCAUGACAGCUGGAAAGAGAUGAAGCAUCAAAUCCGAACCGAACGCGACUCCGUUUUGCACUUUAGCCCCUGCUGUUGUGACGUCACAAGGAUCGGCACCUUUGAAGAGAAAUAAUAUGUAGUUCUUAGACAUGGGUGAACUGUUAGAUACGCAGCAAUAUGAUCUACACUUCUGAAGGAUAUCUGAAGGGUAAAAAUGCAAUCUGUGAGGGAAAAGAUUUUGCUCACAUGAUGGGGAAGUUAGAGUAGACAGUCCAACUGCAUGUUAUGGGGAGAUAAGAGGAAACCGGAGAACCAGAGAAGAACCCUGAAGAGCUGCAGCGAAGAUGUCGACGUCUAGCAGUAACCGGUCUUCUGGAGAUUCAGAGCCGUUUACGAGCGCGCUCGCUGAAGUGUCACGACCUGCGAGGACCAUCCGCCUCCGUGACAUCUACAACCCUCUGCCUCCACCUCAAAGGAAACCGGUGGCAAUACGACCCCCAAGUCCUCGUCCUCCUCCUCGUCCUGGUCCUCAUCCUCAUCCUUCUGCACUGACAGAAUGUCUCUCGCGGCGGAGUUUCUCCUGCAAACCUGAGCCGAAAGCCAUCAUGAGGAGAAGAGCGCACUCUCUCCCUCCCUCGGAUGAGACCACGACUCGCAGAUCCUCUCAAGUCCGGUUCGUCGACUGUUUGGGCCUCGAGCUGGAACGUGUGAAGUUCUUCCAGGCCGGGGAAGACCCCAAAGUUCCUGAUCAUGUCAUAAACAUGUUACUAGCCAGCUCUGAGCUUGCAUCCGGGAGACAUUUAGAGCUCUCUCUGCCAUUCUUUCAGCCAUAUUUUCCUGAGAACAUCAGCACCGAGCCUGAUUUCCUGGAGCGGUUGUGUCAUCGACGUGUUUGCCUCGAGCAGGUCCACUGCUCUGAACUGGGCAUCACAGGAACGGUGCAAGUUCUCAACCUGGCUUUUGAGAAGCAGGUCAGUGUUCGGUACUCGUUCACGGACUGGAAAAGCAGCGCUGAGUGUAAAGCAUGCUGGGUUUCUACUGUGCACCGAGACGAUGUGCAAUCAGACGUGUUUCAUUUCCGCUUACCCGUGCCGCCGUUCAUCCUGAAACCAGGAGCCAGUCUGGAGUUCGCUAUCUGUUACCGAGUCCUCGGUUCGGAAUACUGGGACAACAAUGACGGACAUAACUACAAACUGGCCUGUCAUGCUUACAAGCUGAUCGUGCCUAAGGAGUGUGAGGACAGCAUGGUGCACUUCACCUAAAGCCUUACUCUUACUGCAUUUUUACAUCAACGGCUUCAUCAUUUUGUGUCAGAUUUCUAUUUUGUACAUUUGUGGAUUAAUACAGUAUCAGGUUCUAGAUUUUCAAAGAGUUUUUAAUGCGUAUCACAUUCACUCAACUGCUCCAAUCCUUUCUGUUUAUUGCAUGCUGCCGCUCUGGCGGAAUGAUUGCGAUUUCCUUUCCCUUUAUAAGCUGAAUCUGUUGUGUAACAGUUGUCAUUUCCUCUCUGUGACUUCUUCACUCAGGAAGAAUUCAGAUUAUCUCAGCUUGCAAGCACGCAUUAGGAAUUUAAUCAACCGUCAGCAUGCUGAUGCUGACCCGGCUUCAGGACUGACCUUCAGGACGGCUAUGAGGAAUGAAAUGUAAUUCUGCCUAGCCGAAAGGGUUUGUUUUUUUCGUCCUGGACAGUGUACUGAAGGACAUUUUCCGAUAAUUUUAUGUUUAAUGAUUUCAAAUCUUGACCUCUGGGAACACUAUGUAGAUCUGAGGGCUGUCCAGGAGAGCAAAACUGGGUGGGUCUGAGAUGAUUUAAAUCGUUCUUUAAACCCUUAAUUAUUAAAAAGGAACCUAUUUUCUUUGAGUCUAGUUGCCUUUUGUUGCUUUGUUCAAUCUUUUUUACCCACAAUGCUCUUGUUUAACGAUUAAGUUUCCUGACUUCCUGACUUCCGAAUUCCUGUAUUUAUGUAUUUCAACCACAAGGUGGUGCUGCUGAGUAUUUUGG